UAGAUAGCAGAUUUCCCUUGGUACAAAUAAAUAUGUAAAUCUAUAUUUAUGCAUGUAUAUAUAUAUCCAAAUAUUAUAACUUAAUGACCCGUGAAAAUGGCGAUAUGUAGAUAGACAUGCGAAUAUGACUUUCUCACUGUAGUGCUUUGUAAUAAAAGUAGCUUUAACUUCAAAGUUCGGGAUAAGUAACUGUUAUUAUCAUUACUGAUUUUAGAACACGUCAGUGUCCACGGCGAAGGAAAACUGCAUGGAUCUAAUCACCAUUGAGGUCACCACCUAUGAGAUUGACUCAGUUUGUAGAGUCCUUUGCUUUCCGUCUUUGUUUGUCAUUUUGUACUACUGACUUGUUUGAAGUCACAAAUAUCAUUAAGAGCACAUGGACAUUGGGCAUUCGUCAAAGUUCCUAUAAUCCACAAAUUAAAACUAAUGGAUUACGUUAGUGCCUAGUUCAAGGACUAAAGCUAUUGACAACUUGUUUUAUGAAUACCGAUUAACUAAAUUCAUUAAUUUUCAGAUCUGGGAAUCACGACGUUUUGACUGAAUGACAAAAGGUUCGGUGUUCGUAAACAAGAUUAAUCCAAUCAGUUAUUGUAAAAAAACGGUCUCCAAGUUUCACUAUUUCCAUUUGAAUAGAACUCAUGUGGACUCCCCCAGUUAGUGAUAAUCCUACACCUUUCAACAUUGAGCGAGAGCUGCUUCCUACAGUGAUUUCAGAACCAUCGUCCAAAACAUCUAGUAUAUCUUCAACUACUAGCACUUUGGACCAUGAUUCUUUAAAGGAGAACUGCCUACAAUAUACUCCACAAAACGUCAGAUACCAGCACUACCCAGUUCCGGUAAUUAAAAGUACUUUGUUGUUCAUGUGCCAUCUUAUGUAUAUGAAAUAUAUUCACACAGUCAGUCAGCUACAACGUAGGACCAGGCACAUAUAUGCAUCGGUCCAAGUUACCAUACCUCAUUAGCACAACAAGAUGAACACCAGAUUCAUAGGAGUGGUUAGGUCAAUGGUGGUAAUAUAUGAAAGGAAGAUUGCGUAUGAGGAUGUAGUUCAGGAAGAAAGAAUUAAUUCGUUGAAAGAGAGAUAUGAAGUGAUUUUAAUCUCUUAGUUUAAAGGAAGACAGGGAGUGUAUACACCUACGCCAUUGUGAUAGAUUCUGAGCCAUGUCACAGAGUCUACAACCGUCGGUUACAAAAGUCACGCGGACCCCAACCAAGUAGCCUGCAUCUACCGACAUGGCUCAGACCAGAUGUUAGUGAUAUUCACACAUGUUAGUUAUCACUUCACUGUAUUCUCGUCGACGUUUCCUAUCCUUUGUUCUACGCACGAUUUUUUAUCUAAUACUCACUGAGUUAAUUGGUAUCGACCCGAAGUUGAAAUUUCCAGAAUAUCCUCCUAGGUACUAGUUACGAAGGUUAUUUCACUUGUACAAAGAACUGUAAUGGAGUCGAUCUGCUUACCUUCUGUGAUAAUCGCUUUAUUGAUCGUCCAUUUUAAUACAGCUUAUUAAACGAUGAUUAUUACUGAUUUAUAGACGAACACGGUUGACUCCAUCUAUUAAUUAAUUAUAACUAAUAACCAGAUACAUCGAUGUGUACAUGGUUACCAAGUAAUGGAAAGCUUGUCUAAAUAUUAUUACAUAUAUCUAUAAAUAAUACAUUAGAGUCAUUCAGGUCUGGGAUGACUUUCAGUUUAAGUUGCUACACCAUGUCAACAUACAGAAAGAAAAAUCCGAUAAGAAAUAAAGAGAAAAUUGACAUCAGUGUAAAAAUAAAAAUAAGUAUAUUAUAGGGACAGUAAAUAAAAUCAAAAGACAAAAAUUACCAAGUAACUUUAAGCUCAUAGUUUGGACUUGUACUAUCAACAACAUCACAGUUAUUAAAGGUCAUCAACUUAAUUGUUUAUGGAAUGGGUUUAUUUCACUAAUUGUUUCAUAUUUUAUGGAUUCGGGUUUUCGUUGGUACAAGUUCUCUCCAUUCUCAAUUUUUCGACCUAAAACAUGGAUAGAAGCAGUCAUUUAGGAACCCAAAAGUAAGUAAUGGGUGGUGCUAAUAGCAGCCUUAGUAACCAGCCCGUUUCCCUAAAAUUUUAUCAUUUCGUGGACUGUAUAUUAGAAUUCGUAUAGCUUACCAUGAUUUUCUAUUCAUCAACUCAACUUGAACUUAUCGAUGCGAAUAUUACCUUUCAAAGUAAAUUUUCGGAAAAACCAUUCGAUUACUUCAUUCGUUGCUGAACUAGUUUAUUUAGGUGUUUAUACCUUUAGAGAUUUGAAUGUGGUUCAAAUAGAUAUUAGUUAAAGCCUAGUAAUUAAAGUUUUGUCUUUACCUGGCAUAUUUAUGUUGCUUGCGUUAGAGUUCUGAUGCCCGAUAUAGCUAGUAAUACUAGUGGGAGUAAGUUGGCAAUUAACAAAAGUUUGAGGGUGUAAUACAUGUGUUGUGCAUACAUCGAUUUACCGGGUGCAUAUAUUCUUAUAUCAGUGGUAAAUAUAGUCUGUUUAGUCCAUUCUCUGAUGACAUGUAGUUGUGUGUAACCACUCUAUUAAUGAAAAACAAUUUAUCUCAUAUAGAUGAGUAACUAAUUUAUAGCGUAGGUAGGUAGCUAAUAAUAUCAUCAUCCCUUGUUUUAAGCUUUUAAAAUUCCAGUUUUUGAUAAUGGACAAGCUUUAUGUAAAGUGAUCAUCUCAAGAGCGGUUGAUAAGAAGGGUAUAUUGUAAAAAAGUGUGUUGUGUAAUUUUAAUGUUUCAGUCUCUGGCCGAACAUAAGACAAACCCAAAUCCAAUGAAUCUAGCAAGUAAUUACCACGGUUUUAUGGGUAAUAUUACGCUUUUUUGGAAAUAAAGUACAAUUUAGAAGAUACUACUUUGUGAAAUAUUGUUCUAAAAGAGUGCUAAAAUACAAAUUCAACAUUGUUUUAUUGGUUCAAGUAGAUUUACUAAAAGCUCAUUAAGUAGGAAUAAAAAUUAAGCUAGUUGACAAUGCUAUAUUUACCACGUACUUUUACUACCAAUCAUAUAUAAUAUCUUUUAAACAUUCUUUUCAGAAGGUUCGAUGCUUAUCGUUCCCAUACCAAACACUUCCCUCCUGUGGGUCGACAGUGUAUUUGUAUACUUGGUCUCUCCCAAGGAAUGACAUAAUAACUCAGCUAUGUUCACUUGCCACAACAUGUUUUCGAGACACAAACACAACUAUCGGACUUUUGUUUUCUAAACAAAUAUCCAAAAAAGACUACGUUUGUCGAAUUCCUAUCUACCUAACUCGCGGUAUGGCUCGUUCACGUGUUCGAUUAACAGGGAAACUUACACUAAAUAAGAAAGAAUUAGAGUGUGUCGAAUCAGCUCAUCAUGUUAUAGCCGAAUUAAUUACAAAUAUUGCUCAUAUGUCUCAUGUUGGUUAUAAACCAUCAGAUCCUCUUCUCCGUGCUCAUUUCGAUAAACAAAACUCUUCAACGAAUAUCCCCGAAUCUCUCCGCGUCGUACUUUUUGAUCGAUUUGGUGACUUAUCAUUCAAUCCCGAGAAAGCAAAUAUCCUGUCAUUGGUGACGCUGAUUAGACUACCAGAUUAUACUAUCGAUUAUGAAGCACUCAACGCACUUCUAGAGUGGUCUGUUUGCCGAGAUACUGGGAUUUCAACAGCUGAUGAUAAUUUGUCCACGUAUGUUAAACCUGUACAUGGUAUUGUGCCUAAAUGGCGAAUUCGAUUGAGUCAAAUACCUGAAGACAAUUGGGUUGGUUUGGUCGUCAAACCUAAUCACUUACCGGAUAGUGAUCCUGGUAUGUUUUCUAUCUCAAAGGUUAGUUCGGAAACUGCUUCAAGUCCUCUUCCGGAAACCCUUGCUUCCAAACUUGGUGAUGUUCAAAAUAUCAAAGGCGCUUCUUCUCUAACUUAUUCCGACUACUAUAGAAUUAAAUAUCAACAGAUGAGAAACAUAUCUUUCACAAUAAAUCCAUCACUACCAUUGUUUGAAUGUCUGAGAAUAACACGUCAUCAAAAUUCGACUCAAGUUAGUGCGGGUCUAAGGAAAAAUAAAGCAUCUAUCAAACCAUCAGUGUUCCUAUCUGAUGCUUGUUUAGUGCAUCCAUUGUCAUCAUGGAUUUGGUUCCAAGUUUCCUUGAUACCAACAAUUCUCUACCAAAUGUCACGAGCGUUACUAGCCUCACAACUGUUCACAGAGUUGAAUUAUGAACUGAAAAGUCCUCAACCAUUCUCUCAAAUUAGAAUAAAUUCAUUAACUCUAAGCAAUGAUUCACUUUCUCAUACAACCAUACUUGUCCCUGAUCGUUUAAGUGUUCCUGUUUUUUUGAAUGGUGAACCAAUGGAAAAAAAUAUCUUUGAUUUUGAAGUGGAUGAAACAACUUCAGAAAUAGAUAAACAAUUGGAUAAUAAAGCCUAUAGUGAAAGUUUAGAGAAAUCUACAAUUUGCCCUCACCCUAAUAAUCUAAUUGAACCAACUACAUUACUCGGAGCUCGAGAUGCAGUAGAUCUUGAACGCUUAGAAUUUUAUGGCGAUUCAUUCCUGCAUUUUAUAUCUACAUUAUGUGUUUAUGGCACCAAUCCACAAGAUGCUGACGAAGGGUGUUUAAGUUCCAAAAGAGGUUCACUUGUAUCGAAUGCUCAUCUCUGCGAUAUUGCUUGCGACUUGAAAUGGUAUGAAUAUUGUACCGGUCAAACAUUUUCUCCACCAGAACACUUUUUACCCCCAUGCUACUCUGUUGCGUCCGAGGCUAGUAAAUAUGAUCCACGUCUGUAUACUCGUUUAACAGAUAAAUCUUUGGCAGAUAUGAUUGAAGCACUUAUAGGAUGUUUCUUACUACGUUCAGGACUAUCUGCUGCAUUUAAUUUACUUCAUUAUUUUCAAAUAUGUCCAGUUAGUUGGAGCACCCUAAAAAGUGAUAAGCAUUACAAAGUUGAAGCUCCAUGGCACUUUUUUUUACAACCAAAAUUAUAUUCAGAACUAAACUAUGGAAAUGCUUUCAAUCCUUCAUCUAGAUCCUUACAUAUUUCGAAGGAAAUUAUACUGGAAUUAAAUCAGAGGUUUUUUCAGUUACAAGAAAAACUAGGUUAUGGUUUUAAAAAAAUCGAAUUGCUUGCGGAAGCUGUGACUCAUCAGUCAUCAUCUAAUAGACAAUAUUGGGGGAAUUAUCAAAGGUUAGAAUUUCUUGGCGAUUCCAUUUUGGGCCAUAUUAUCAGCAACUAUCUGUUUCAAAAAUGUCCUCACUCAUCCCCAGGUGCAUUGACCACCGCACGAUCUACUGUUGUCAGUAAUAUUAAUUUAGCUAAUGUUGUUGUUGAGCAUGAAAUCCACCCGUUCAUCGAUUUUGGGAAUUGCAGUCAGAAAGCAUGCAUUGAUGAUAUAAAAAGUAUUCAUCGUCAAACUGAUUCACAUUUUGAACGUAUUGAGUUAAUUACAAAGAAGGUUUCUUCGGGGCUCAAUAUCAAGGUAUUGGCUGAUGUGUUUGAAUCGAUUCUCGGUGCAAUUUUUGUAGACAGUGAUGGUAAUCAUCAAGUCGUUUCUUCUAUUAUUCAUCGAUUCUUGGGUAAAACGAUGAAUUCUCUCAUUACUAAUUUACCUGUUCAAACAGUUCAACAAGUGGAUUUACCAUAUCCUGAAAUACGAUAUAACAACUCAACUACUAUAUCACCAACGUUACAUGAAGAUGUUCAUAAUUCGGUUUUAUCGAUUAAAGGUAAGCGCCUAUGUGUGACGGAAAAUAUGGAAAAUUGUUCUCGUUUCCGACUUGUUGAAGAAAUUUGAUGCAUGGAACAACAAAUAAUACUGAUGAUCAAAUCAAACAAUAUUUUUGUUGAGAUUUAUUAUUUCCCGAGCAUUUUAUUUUUUCUACAAGAAUGCUUUGAGUAUUCUAUCUUGUAUUUUUUUAAAAGCUUUACUGUUUUCUUAUUCAUAAUAGUUCUAACUGGAAUUAUGCAUAAUCUUUUUAAAUGACAAAUAAAGCGAAUUAUCCAUAACUG